CUCCUCUCCAUCACCACCAUUACAGUUUACCACCAUCACCAUCACCACCCAUUACGUAAAUCUAAUUCGAUCAAUUUUAUUUAUCUUGAUUCAAUCUUACAACAACAUAUUUUUCUUCACAAUUCAUACACACAAAUCUACAUAUUUCAAUCCAUAUUACCAACCAAUUACUCCAUGUCAUUCCUUCACCACCAACACUACCACAUCAGUACCACCAUCCGAACACCAUCACCACCACCACCACCGUAACCAGCACCACCCCUAAAUCAUCAACCACAAUCAAAAUUCUAACCUAUUCAAUUCACCAACACCACUACCGUUAAAAUCAAAUUGACCUUAUUCAUGAGUAUUACAUUUUCGAGACACCCCAAAGUUCUUAUCAGCAUAUAAAUCAUCAGUCAGGUUUUAAAAAACUUCGUAGUCUUCAACAAUUGAAAGAACAAAAAAUCUAGCAACUGUGGUGGUAGAAAGCGAGACGGACGGGCUAAGAUCGAAAGAAAAGGUGGUGCGGGUUGCUUCUACUUAAGAUAAGGAUGUACUGUGACAUUACAGAUGGUGGUUGAGAAGGAGAAAACAAGGCGGGGGAAGACAAAAUAAAUGUAGCAGCCUAGGAGGGAUAGCUAGAGGGGAACAAGAGAAGAAACUAGGUUCCUAUCAAAUUACGAAAUACUCCUUAUUUUUCGAGCACAUGGCUCAUGGAUCCAUCACGACACGAGAAUUGUUGUAAAAUUCAAUGGAUUUUAAGCUUGGUAGAAUCAAUCUAAAUGCUGUUGCUCAGGGUGUUGGUGGACUUGUUUUUGGGAAUGAAAGCUCUGCUUCAAGUGAUGACAGCUAUGUUGAGCGGUUGCUUGAUCGGAUAAGCAAUGGAGUACUAGCAGAGGACAGGAGAUCUGCUAUGACGGAACUUCAGUCUAUUGUUGCAGAGAGUCGUUCAGCCCAGCUAGCAUUUGGGGCAAUGGGCUUUCCAGUACUUAUGGGCGUCUUAAGGGAAGAACGGGAUGAUGUGGAGAUGGUUCGGGGGGCAGUCGAAACUCUUGUAAGCGCUUUAACUCCUAUUGGUUCUGCACAAGGACCAAAGAAUGAGGUCCAAGCAACUUUAAUGAACUCCGAUCUUUUGUCAAGAGAAGUAGAAAACAUUUCUCUUCUUCUAAGUUUAUUGUCCGAGGAAGACUUUUAUGUUCGAUAUUACACACUACAGCUAUUGACAGCACUACUUACACAUUCUCAAAAUAGAUUACAAGAAGCAAUUCUUACCAUACCUCGUGGAAUAACACGGCUUAUGGACAUGCUCAUGGAUCGUGAGGUUAUACGAAAUGAGGCAUUGUUGCUUCUUACAUACUUGACUCGUGAAGCCGAGGAAAUUCAAAAAAUAUUGGUCUUCGAAGGUGCAUUGGAAAAGAUCUUUAGCAUUAUUAAGGAGGAAGGAGGGUCUGAUGGUGGAGUUGUUGUGCAGGACUGUCUUGAGUUGCUGAACAAUUUGCUUCGUUACAGUGCAUCCAAUCAGAUAUUGUUAAGGGAAACUAUGGGUUUUGAGCAUAUAACAUCAAUUUUGAAGCUUCGAGGAAGUUCUUACAGCUUCACUCAACAAAAGACAGUGAAUCUGCUCAGUGCAUUAGAGACCGUCGGAUUGCUGCUAAAGGGAGGUCGGGAGACUGAUCCUGGAAAAGAUUCUAACCGUUUGGCUAACCAAACGGUCUUGGCUCAGCAAAAAGUAUUAGAUCAACUUCUGAUGUUGGGCAUCGAGAGCCAGUGGGUUGCUGUUGCUGUUCGUUGUGCGGCACUUCGAUGCAUUGGUGAUUUGGUUGCCAGGCAUCCACAAAAUCGUGAUGUUUUAGGAAGUAAAAUGCUUGGGGAGGAACCAAAUGCAGAACUUGCUCUUAAUUCGAUUCUUCUGACGAUCUUGAGAACUUCCAGUACACAAGAAUUUCUAGCAGCUGAUUAUGUUUUCAAGCGGUUCUGCGAGGAAAACAAUGCCGGCCAAGCAAGACUUGUUUCCACACUAGUUUCUCAAACAAAUGCGGUGACCCACUCACCUUUAGAGAAUGCUAGCAUUAAAUUUGGAAGAGAGCUGUUACAGGGCCUUACUGUUAACGAGAGCGAUGGAGAUCUUGAGUCUUGUUGCAGGGCUGCUAGUGUUCUUUCUCAUUUACUGAAGGAUAACAUCCAAUGCAAGGAACAGGUUCUCCAGGUCAAACUCGAGGGGCCCACACAAUCUUUGGGUACCCCUGAACCACUAAUGCAUCGGAUAGUAGUGUAUCUGGCUCUUGCUGCAUCCAUGAAAAACAAAGAUAACGAUCACAAAGGUUUGGCUUCUACAAGGAAGUCUUACACCCAACCUAUUAUCCUGCGACUUCUUGUCACCUGGCUGGCAGAAUGCCCAAAUGCAGUUGAAUCCUUCCUAGACUCACGACAUCAUCUCACUUAUCUACUUGAACUGAUGUCAAGCUCAUCCGAAACAGUGUUCACUAAAGGAUUAGCUGCUAUUCUCCUGGGUGAAUGUGUACUCUAUAACAGAUCUGCUGAGAGUGGUAAGGAUGCUUUUAUGGUAGUUGAUGCCAUCAGCCAGAAGAUUGGUCUUACCUCGUACUUCCUGAAAUUCGAGGAGAUGCAGAAGAGGUUUCCUUUUGUUGCAAAGAAUGCUGAAGACCGUAAGCCACUAACGAGAUCUAAUACCGCGAGUAUGGAAGAUGUUGAAGAUGCCGAGGACGAAGAUUCUGAUCAGAAGCAUGAUGAGAAUUUUGUUCUCAUGUCAAUUUUCGAUACCCGGUUUGUAGAUUUGCUUAAAAAUCUUGAGGCAAAUAUUAGAGAAAGCAUUGUGGAACUUUACAGCCAUCCGAAAAGCAAAGUGGUAGUAGUGCCAGCAGAACUGGAGCAGAAGAACAGGGAAAGUAAUGAAGACUAUAUCAAAAGGUUGAAGUCAUUCGUGGAGAAACAGUGCAGCGAGAUGCAGGACCUUCUUGGACGUAAUGCAUCUUUGGCUGAGGAUUUGGCGAAAAAUGGUAAGACUGGUGCUUCAAGUUCUGAUCAGAAACAGAAUGGAGGCAGAGAAAGAGUCCAAAACGAGACCCUCAGAAGAGGUCUGCAAGAAGCCAUGCAACAACUAGAGAUUCUCAAGUCAGAGAAUGCCAAACUCAAAGAAGAAGCAUCCACAUAUCAGAACUUAGCUAAUAGCAAAGAGUCGGAUCUGCAGAGCUUGUCAGAUGCUUACAACAGUCUGGAACGUAACAAUAACCAGCUGGAAAACGAGUUGGAGUUCUUAAGAAAAGGAAGCAGUCAACCCUACAUAGACAUAGAAGCUAUUAAAAUAGAGGCAAAGGAAGAAGCACAGAAAGAGAGCGAUGCAGAACUAAGUGAUCUUCUUGUGUGCCUUGGCCAAGAACAAACCAAAGUAGAGAAACUAAGUACGAGAUUAACAGAAUUAGGUGAAGAUGUGGAUUCUCUCCUUGAAGGAAUUGGAGAUGAGAUACCCGAAGACAGUGAUGGUGACGAAGAAGAAGAGGAGUGAUAAUCAGUAUAAUAGUCUGAUUAAAUUCAUGUCGUUAAUUUGUCAUGGCUCACAAACGCACACAUUCAGCGACACCUUGUAUAGUAGUUCUUACGGCGUCGUACAUACACACACACACACAUUAAUGAUGUACGAUAAUGUCGAACACUCAGAUCAAGAACUUCGAAAUUUCACUGUAACUUUUAAUUCUAUCAUUUCAUCCUGUUAUAAACUGGACAUUACUUUUUAGUUCAAUUUUUCAGUAAUCAAAUUUGGGUGACAAUUUUAAA